AUGUCUUGGCCCUUGCAUGUCUGUGACGACGGAUCUUCACAUGUCAUGGCUGCCUCAGCAUGUCCACCACCACUCGAGGAGUCCAGGCACGACAGCGGUGGCGGCGACAUGGCCAGCACCGACAGUCCGAGGCGCAAGAGGUUGCAUGAGAGUCGGCGAGCUCGAGAGUUCUAUCGCUACUACCAGCCCAUCCGAGAGCUCACCAAGGCUGGCCCGCCGGUAUGCGAUAUUGGCGACCAUGCAGCCGUGCAGGCUCACACGCCAUUUUCUUCGCCCGAUCGAGCCUUGACUGCCUUCUGCCAACUGGGAGCAUUGCGCUUAGGCGUCAAGAGGGCUAUGCUGUUCUUCUUCGAUUCAACCCAUGCAUAUGUUCUCGCCGAAGCAACGCGAACACUCAGCUUGCAGAACGAUAGCCUUCACGCCGCAGAAGAUGACCUCUGGCUUGGACACACUAUUAUCCCGCGUGGCUACUCGGUCUGCGAGCACACGGUCAUGCUCCCGCAUAUCAACGAGGGCUCUAACAAAGAUCAGGCCAAUUCCAGCCUCGUGCACAUCGUGAACAAUCUUGCUGAAGACACUCGCUUUUGCGACAGACCAUUCGUGACAGGAGGCCCGAAAGCCAGGUUUUAUGCUGGAGUGCCCAUCACAACGCCAAAAGGUAUCAAUAUAGGCGCCUAUUGUGUUCUGGACGAUGAGCAUCGUGAUGGUAUGAGCGAUGAUGGUGUACAGUUCUUACGAGAUAUGGCCACUACUGUGAUGGCCCAUCUGGAAAUGCUUCGAGCCACCGCCGAGCAUAAGAUCGGAACUCAGAUGAUUGCGGGACUUGGUGCAUUCAUUGAUGGCGCCUCCGGCUUCAGAGACUGGGCAGAAAAGAACGCAGAUUGGGAUCUCGAUGUCGAGAAAGACCCAGCGCUAGCUCACCCACUCGGCGUCCAGCCAAUGACCACCCAAGUCUCUGUCGUUGCUCAAGCGGCUGUCAUUGCUAGUGAGCAGCAGGAAAUGGAGGAAGAAAAUAGACGAACCAGCACAGCGAACGCUUCACCUGUCGGACGAAAUCGUGCUCGAAGUUGGGCCCACGGAAUGCCCCCGCCAAUAAGCAAAGGACCUCAAAACCUCAAUUACAACCGCAGGGCCGACAAUUUCGAAGACCCUGGCACACGCGACACCCGGAAGACGUUCGAACGAGCAGCUACAUUGGUACGAGAAGCAAUGGAUGUGGAAGUAAUGUUCUUGGAUGCGGCAGUCGGAACGUUCGGGGGCCUCGUUGACGCCGCGGAAUCCCUCAGUAACAGCACUACGGAGCUGAGCUCUGACACGAACCACCACAGCGCUUCUGAGACCAACACGACCGGCACUGAAGGCGACGCGAAAAUGAUCAAGAAGACCACUGGCGAAGAUCUGGCGAAGAAGAAAUGCACUGUGCUGUCCUCCUCUGGCUCGAUGACCGGAACCAAAAGCGGCGAUGAAGCCAACGAGGCUGGAAUGAUGAUUACCGAGAAAUUCUUGCGCUCACUACUGCGAAGAUAUCCUCGCGGCAAAAUUUGGAGUUUCAAUGAAUAUGGCGAUGUGUCUUCCGAGGAUGACGAGUCGUCCGAAUACAAUAGCGAUGCGAAAUCUUGCCGUUGCUCAAGUGGGACAGUCCAGGCCGACGGCAAGCAAGAGCACAGCCCUUCCUGCUCCAAGAGACGGAAGCAAAACCGGCUGGACGACAGUAAAGAGAUUUUUCAACUAUUCCCUGGAGUUCGCAGCAUUGGUCUCGUCGGCAUGUGGGAUCACACGAGACAGCGUUGGUACGCGGCUACUCUAUUCUGGUCUUACUCGCCUCUGCGACUAUUCUCCGAAGAGUCAGAAGUCAAGUUUAUCCAGGCCUUCUGCGACGUAAUCCUAGCCGAGCUCCAUCGAAUUGAGGCACAGAACUCCGACCGAGCAAAAUCAGAUUUCAUCUCGACCAUUUCCCACGAGCUGCGAUCGCCGCUUCAUGGUAUACUGGGUAGCGUGGAGUGUUUGCAAGAACAGCCCUUUGACUCUUUCAGCGCAAAUUUGAUCUCACAAGUUGAAAUCUGCGGUCGCACGUUGCUCGACAUCAUCGACCACUUGUUGGAUUUCAGCAAGAUCAAUCAUCAUUCAAAGAGCAGAGGUGGACGUGUCCGCGAUGGUAAGGAUCGACGACUAUCGACCAAUGCUGCCAAACGAUCUCGCAUGGGCGGCUUGAUGGCUUUGGAUGCAGACGUGGCGCUGGAUCAAGUGACUGAAGAGAUUGUUGAGACUGCAGUCUAUUCUUUCUGCUGUAGUAGAGAUGCAGAAUCAGUCCUGAAACGAAAAGUUGCCAUCAUUCUGGACAUCGAUCGAGGGACCGACAUUGACUGGAGAUGCUGUGUUGCGGUCGGGGCUUGGAAGCGGAUCUGCAUCAACCUGGUCUCCAAUGCGCUUAAAUACACUCACCAAGGUCACAUCAGAGUGUGUCUAUCGGCCAAGCCAGCCAUGGACAAGAAACCCUCGGAAAAGAAGAAGCGCUUCAACGUUACCUUCUCUGUCACCGAUACUGGGAAAGGGAUGUCAAGAGACUUUCUUGAAAACCACCUCUUCCGCGCUUUCAGCCAGGAGGAUAGUUUGAUGGAAGGCACUGGCUUGGGCAUGAACCUUGUCGCGAAGAUCGUCAAGUCUUUCGAAGGAAAGAUCGAGGUUCUGAGCGAGAAGGGCGUAGGUUCAUGCUUCUCGGUCACUUUACCCCUGGAACACAGUCGAACGGGUAGAGGAGCUGGCACCAGAAACCCAGACCGACCUGCGCCCCUUGUGCGGUCGAUUUCGGGACUUGCUCGGGCUAUCGCAGGUGUUUCCGUGGGCGUGAUUGAUUCCGCAACUACUCCAUCGGCAGAUCAAAGGUCGGAUGAGACCGCUAGAGCACUACUUCUGUCGAGCGUUCACAAGACGCUGGACGAGAUCAACGUCAAUGCCUUUGACUGCACGUGGGCGGGGGACGAAGGCGCCGAUGUCUAUCUGGUCACAGAAGCUGAGCUGCACAAUGAGCUGCACCGUCGUGUAGACACGGGCACUUUUGAUGCGCCCAUGUCACCCAGCUCUUUGAGCAACACACCAUUCAUCGUCAUCUGCGAUAGUACUGUGUCAGCUCGCCGACUCAGAGCACCUGGGCUUGGAAAUGUCGCGACUGGACACAUCGAGCUCAUUGCACAGCCCGCAGGACCGGAACGACUCGCCAAAGCCAUCACAUCUUGCCUGAGAAACAAGCGCGACAUUGCUCAAGACCUCGCGCUCGCAGGAGCUGUCAAGGAAAUUCCCUCUAUGGUGCCACAUCCGGACCCAGCGGCUCAUCCACGUAGUCUUGCGCAUCGCGGACGUACAGACACCAUCGUUGGCCAGCAGCCGGAACACGCACUCCAAGCAAAGUCAACCAGUCCUCGAUCUGCCGGAUCUGGUGAAGAUCGCAAUCAGCAGUCCGAUUACAAAUUCCCUCGCAUCCCGACACCAUCGUUGAACGGGACGAAGCCUCGAGUCAGUACUGGACAAGGCUCACCACAAGCAAAGACAGACAAGAGUAACGCAGAAGUCGACGGCGGCGUCAACUUGCUGCUUGUGGAUGAUAAUCCCAUCAAUCUUCAACUCCUCGUCACAUACGCGGAGAAAUACGGCCACUCCAAGCAAGUCGCCACAGAUGGUCUGCAAGCUGUCGAAGCAUACAAACAAUCCUGCUUGGACCACGAGUCGAAGCCAGACCCCAAACUUCAGCGAAUGAGCCACAAACCCCAGGUCGUGCUGAUGGACAUCAACAUGCCGGUCUUGAAUGGGUUCGAAGCCACGCGACAAAUCCGAGGGUUUGAAAAGCAGAAGGGCGUCGAGCCUGCGACGAUUAUCGCCUUGACGGGGCUGGGAAGCGCGAGUGCUCAACAAGAGGCGUUCAGCUCUGGCGUCGACCUCUUUUUGACGAAACCGGUCAGGCUAAAGGAAUUGACCAAGAUUUUGGAUGGGAUUAAGGGGAACUGA